UAAAAAAUUUAGUUCUUUUAAUUAGUACAACACAGACAUCCUCAGUGUAAACAUAUAUAUAUAUAAAUAAUAUACUCUAUUACUUGAGAGAUAAUAAUAUUAUUAAUGUAAUAUUAAUUAACAACAAAACUCUUGUUGCGGGUGCAUCAUCGACGCGUAUUUUUUUUUCAAAAAGAAAAAAAAUAAUAUCCAAAGUUCUCGUAUUCGUGGUCACGUGCGUUCGAUCUACUCUACUCUAUACACUACGAGAGGAAAGCAAACAGCCACGCAACGUGGUGUGUUGGUGCAUGCGUGCGUGCGCGCGCUUGAUGUCUGUGCGUGCGUGUGUUGCGCGCGCGCGCGUGUCUCUCUGUUACACACGGUGUGAAGAGAAUCGUCGAGAGAGAGAGUGUGUUUAAUAAUACACACGAAGAAAAGAGAAGAGAAGAGAAGAAGGGGCGUGUAUACUACAUGAAAGAGAAAGAGGGGGAAUCAUUUUAAAUUUCCGUGCAUCUGAUUCGUUUCGAAAAAAAAAGAAAAAAGGUUUUCUUUAAUCGACGACAAUAGAGAAGAAGGAGGAGAGAAGAAGAGCAUCCCCAUUCGUAUAUAUUACCGACUGACUGGUGGUGUGGCGGCAGGAACGGAUACAAUAGUAGUAGUAGUAAUACAUAGUAGCGGUACGGACGCACGGCGGCCAUCGAUAAACCUCUUCGAUAAUUUUCGUGAAACGUCGUCUAUCUUCGGCGCUCAUUCGUAUUUCGGACGUCGUCGAAGUCGGUCGGUUCGGUUCGGGUUGGUCGAUCGGUUGGUCGGUCGGUCGAUUAGUCAUUCAACCGAUACCGGUGUAGUAACAUCUAUAGUGUAUAUAAUUAAAAAAAAAAAGAAAAAAAAAAGGGAGAAGUAAUACUCACUCACUCUUUCUCUCUCUCUCUUUCUCUCGUUAUUAUAAUUCGAAUGAUAUACAAAAAUACGCGCGUUAUUAGACGAGAUUUGAAAUAAUAGUAAGAAAAGAACAAUAUAUAAAAAAAAUCGGUUAUAAUAAUUCUUUAUUAAUCGUGUCUCUUCCGUCGUUAAUAAAAAAGGAAAUAUUAUUUCGAGAGUGUGUAUAUAAAACGCUUCUUCUUGCUCUUGGAAGAACGGCAGCCAUCAGCGCCGCCGGCAGCAAGCAGCAGCAGCGGCGACGACAGCAAACACAGCAACGUAUCGCUAACAGAGUAUACAGCAGCAACGAUAUUCAUGUGUUCUUUUGGUAGCAGAAACGAGCCGCGUUAUCAUCAUCAUCAUCCACACGUUAAUCCGUACAUCUUUAUCGAGAUUAAUAAUACAAGGGAGGAGGAUACGAUAAGAAGUUGUAAAAGGAGACACGGAAAGAAGGAUAUUGUGGUGGUAUCGAUGAAGAAUUUACAAAGUGGUUAAUACAACGAACGAUCGACGAUCGUAUCGUUCGUUGUCGUCGAUAACAGAAAACGAUGACGUCAUGGUGCUCCAUCGCCGAUUAAAACGACCGUAAAAAACAGAAGGAACGUCGGUGAGGCCGGACAAGGACCAACGGCAACGGUGGAGAACGUAGACCAACGACGAAGAUUGGAUUCGAACAUAGGAAUAAAGAAUGGUGUCGAGGUUUGGAGUAUCGAAGGAGGGCGGAGUGGACGUUGCUGCCGUGGGAACAAUGCAAUGUAUUAUAGGAGCUCAUCACCAUCAUCAUUACCCGGGUCCACAUCCUCAAAAUCCCCAGCCGGGCCACCAUGUACAUCAUGCUACACAUCCACCACCACCAUCGCCUAGUCCUCAUUUAAACCAUCAACUCAGUCACCACCAGAUCGCAGUGAACAUCAACCAAAUUGGUCAGCAGCUUGGUCACCAAGCGCCACCAUUACGUGUUUUCACACAGAAUAGGUCCGAGUUUCAUGUUCCGACUGCGAACUACGGCGCCCAGCCAGGGGGCCAGGUGGGUGGAGGAGGGGGGAGUGUAGGUGUACCUGGGGGUAGAGGACCUCCACUUGGUGGAUUGCCCUUAGGGCAAUCCACAGCGGGUAUACCGCCAGGGGGACCAGCUGGAGGACAGGCUCCUCCACAGGCCCAAGCACCAGGAGUACAAGCACAACAAACACAAGGGCCAGCACCUACAACAACGCCACCAGUGCAUACUCCUUCACCUCAAGAAAUGGGAAAACCAACACAUAUGCAGACGCAUAACUAUUAUUCAGCUGCUCCAAGACCUCAGCAGCCAAGAAAUUUAAAUCAUAGAGGUGGACAGGGAGGAACUAAUAAUCAGGUUGUUGGUAUGGCGGGGGUAGCUGGAGGUGCCGGGCAACCACCCGUCAUGUAUACAGCUGGCUUAACAAGUCAGCCAGGGGCAGUAUUUGUUCCUAGUCAUGUUGCUGGUAUACCAACAGGGCCCCACCAACAAUCUGUUUAUCAUAUGAAUAAUCAAUUAAUUCAGUUCUCAAGCGCGCCCCAAAGACAUCAGACACAAGGUCAAUCCUACUAUCCCCCUUAUCAACCACAUGCUCUGCUAACACAAAAUUUAUAUCCUUAUCAAGCUGGGCCAGCGCCUCAGCCUAGCUUUUUCUACGCAUCUCCCACUGCCCCACUAGGUAUAAAUAGGUCAAGUGCAACUGCUGUUAGUAGUGGAGCUCAACAUGUUGGAAGCGCACUUGGCGGCGCCCAAGGAGCUGCAAUGGUACCACAAGGUACCCUCCAACAAACGACCCAACAACCUCAACCGCUACCCCAAAUAGAUCUUUAUUCGGGGUACAAUGGUGGAGCUACAACAGGAACUAACAGUUCAAUUAGGUCCAAAAAACCCAGAGGAGAAAAGGCCAUUACAGACAUUGUUAAUCCUAGUACAGGAAAAAACAUAAGUCAUGAAAUAUAUAAUGACGACACAUCUAUCGAACAUGAGUCUAAUAGUCGUGAAACUCCUCAACUACAGAAUAGUAGCGGAGCUGAGGUGGUGGCCGAUUUUGCGGCACGCGUUGCUAAAGCCGCAACCGAAAGUUCGGAUUCCGGUUCACCAGUACCGGUAGUUACUACGCCGGAAGCAACAUUCGUGCCGCAAAUGACGACACAAAGUAUGACAAACAUUAAAACCACCUCAAAUGGUAUAAACAACAACAGUCAUUCUACCAACAACAAUGGCUUGGUGGCUCCACAAUCACAAAAUAUGAGCAAGGUGCAUGCGUUAUGUAAUCAAUCGUUAGAGACGCAAUGCAGUCAAAAUAAAUUAAUCCCAACUCCAUCGGCGGCGGCGGCACCAUCAUGUAUUGUGCCAUCGGCUGCAACCUCGCCCGUUACCACCACUACUUUGCCUACGCCAUUGGCGGCCACCAUUUCCUCGGCUGCCCCUGUAUUAUCAUCCUCCUCUACUCCCUCUUGCGCGAUUAAAACUACAGCAGUUGAAUCUAAACCAUUACAAUUCUUCGCAAAAGAGUUUCAUCCUAGAGGAGAGAAAAAGACUACAAAUAGCAACGAGGAAAUAGUAGCCGUAGUCAAUGAUAAUAUUCCUCCUGCACAGCCUAUGACUACUACUACUCCGACGGCUAGUACCACCCUCGUAGACCAAGAAGUAAAGAGAACUACGAGUCCUCCAUCGGUGGUCAAUGUUCAAGCGACAUCUGCUGCAACCCAACAUCAGCAUCAACCGCAGCCACAACAGCCGCAGCACCACCACCAACACCAACAUCAACAUCACCACCAACAGCAGCAUCAACAGAAUUACCAACAACAAUCAGUACAACACGCUGCUCAAAAUGUUGUUGUUACUAUUCCAGAGGUCAGCAAACCUUCCUCUAAUGCUGCUAAUGUCAAUCCCACACAUAUAAGGGAAACUUUUUCGAACAACUCGACGACGACAACGACUGCUGCUCCAAAGAGCAGUUCUCCUCCAAACAAAUCGAACUCGCCACCAAGGAGGAAAUCGCAGCAGUCACACAAUCAGACAAAUAAUGCUAACUCUGAGCCGUUAGCCAUUAAUGCUAAAGAGCUUAGAGAAAAGAAAAGAGAAAAAAGCAUUAAUUCUCGAGGCGUGACGACGACUCCAGCACCGGCGCAUAAUCAACCGGAUCAUCACCACCACCACCAUCAAAAAACGAACGGUGAUGCCAAUGGAGACAAAUCGGAACAAGAGGCAAUUGUACCACCACCAAUUGCUAGAAACGAAGUUCCGCCUAAGCCGACCGAAGGUAAAGUGAUUCAGAAACAAAAGAACAAGAACAAACUCAAGCCACGAGAUUUGAAUCGAAAGGGAGCCGAAAAAGAGGGCACCGAUAUGGAUGCCUUUAUGAAUAAAUUAGACAAUAAAAUAACAUCAACUAAAGAGACAUUUGUUACGAAAGAGAAUAAAGAUUUUCAAAAUAUUGAAGAAAUUGUUAAAGACAAUAAGGACACGGAUAACAAGGAGUCCUCGACAGAAAAAGAAACCACAAAUGCUGUAUAUUGUAAAACUAGUAGCAAAAACCCGAUAAAAGAUGUUGAUCAAGAAAGUAGUAAUAAUGAACAGCCUAUUCAGGCAACUAAUAUUGAAAAAAGUCAAGAUGACAAGGAGGUGUGUAAUAAAGAAGUAUCUUCAAACGUCGAAGAUAAUUCACAAAUUGUAACAUCUCCAAUAACGUGUAGUAACGCCCAAAUAAAGUCAGUUCCUAAUAAUGAUGUAGUUGAUCAUGCAAUUGUUAAGGAUAACAUUGAUGUAGAAACGAUAGUUGCACAAAAAAAUGAAGAGAACACUAAAAUGUCUACGUUACAACAACAACAACAACAACAAGCAUCAUCUAACGAAGAAAAAGUUGUUCCAUCUGUCCCAACUGUGGAAAAAUCAAAUGAAUCAAGUGAACAAUCGCAACAGCAAUCGCAACAGCAGCAGCAGCAGACACAACAGUCGUCUCAAUCACCGACGAUUGAUGUAUCAAAAAAUUCGAUAACAUUAAAGUAUACAUACAAGGACGAUCAAUGGAGUCCCAUUAAUAAAGAUGGUAAAAAGGUUUACGAUCGUGAAUUCUUGAUACGACUUCAAGAUGAUCCUAAUAGUAAAAUUAAACCUACCAACUUACCAGAUUUAGAAGUUGUUUUAAAAGAUAACAAGAAUCGCACUCCAAUGGAUUUCCGAUCGUUUAAAGAUACAAGCAUGAGCAGACCGGAAUCUUUGUUCCCUGUAUUUGUGAAAUCAUCAGGACUUACACGUAAUGUGGCACCUACAAACCGAAAAAGUCUUCCACCGGGGAAACCUAAAACAAAUAACCAAAAGAAUAUGAUUCAUCUCUCUUUAUCUCUUCGAGAAGAUGUAAAAUUAAGAGAGACAGAAAAUGCUUGGAAGCCAACUAGAUUGAAACAAGUUGAUGUAAGUGAAGAAGAAGCUAAGACGUUACAAUUAUACAAACGUGUAAGAAGCGUCUUAAACAAACUUACACCUCAAAAAUUCAGUACUUUAGUUGAACAAGUUCGUGCUUUGAACAUUGAUACGCAAGAAAGGUUGCAAGGUGUUAUCAACUUGGUCUUUGAAAAGGCCGUCGACGAACCCAGUUUUUCUGUUGCGUAUGCGUUAAUGUGUAAAGAAUUAGCUAUGAUUGAGGCAUCUGGUAAUGAAAAAAGUAGCGCUAAGCAAACAGAAAGUUCAGGUAAUUUUAGGAAACUGAUAGUAAGCCGGUGUCAAAAAGAAUUUGAAAAGAAUCCAAUUGAUGAGGUUACAAGAACUAGUAAACUCAAAGAAAUUGAUGAAUGUACCGAUCCCGAAAGAAAGAAGGAUUUACUUCUUCAGCUCGAGGAGGAAGAGCGUAGAAUAAGAAUUAAAUCAGUAGGAAAUAUCCGAUUUAUUGGAGAACUGUAUAAACAAGAUAUGUUAACAACGAGCAUUAUGCAUCGUUGUAUAAUUCACUUAUUAGAUCAAAAUGACGAAGACAGUUUGGAAUGUCUAUGUAAACUAUUAACAACAAUUGGAAAAGACUUAGAAUCUAAGAGCAAAUAUGAAGUUAUGAUGCAAGAAUAUUUUUGCAAAAUGUCAGAAAUCGUUUGUCGACGUGGACAAAGUAAAAUCAGCUCUAGAAUUCGCUUUAUGCUACAAGAUGUUAUUGAUUUGAGGGCGAACAAAUGGGUGCCAAGGAGAGAUGACAGCAACCCUAAAACAAUAGACCAAAUUCAGAAGGAAGUUGAAUCGGAAAGACUCGAUACUCAACUUACGAAUACUCCAUUGAAUACACCUAGAAAAGAUGAUCGCAAUGCUGAUCGAAAAAGAAAUCGAGGAUUUGGGGCCGCGGAUGAAGGUGGGUGGAGUCAACCUGUAGGUAGAGCGAGACAAACUUAUUCUGUUGAAACAGCUAAACUUAGACAAAAAACUACUCCAGUGGAUGAUCUUAUUCUAGGUAGUAGAAACAAUUAUAUGUGGAAAACGUCUACAAAUAACACGAAAAAUUCAACAAACAAGUUUGCAUUGCUUGACAAUAUAAAUACUAUAGAACAAGACAGAAGAAUGCCCCCUCUUCCGCUUUCUGGAUCGAGAUCAACCGGUCCUAGAGAUUACGGACGGGAUUAUAAAUCGUCUUAUGAUGGUAGGAGUUCUCGAAAUGGAAGCCACCAAUUAAGCAGUGGAGCAUCAUCAUCUAGUAGAGAAAGCUCAUUAUUAGACAAUGCUCAAAGUCAAAGUGUGUCUAUGCCAACACAAUCUUUGAAAUCACCAUCGUCCCAACCUGUAACUAGUAAUCUGAAACCUCCAUUAUCCGAAGAAGAAUUUACGAAAGUUUUUAAUUCCAUAUUAAAAGAUUAUCUAAGGGAACAUAGUUUGGAGAAUGCUAUUUCUGAUGUAAUACAAACUUUCGAUAAUACCACGUUUACAAAGUUCAUACGUGAAUCGAUUAACUACGUUCUUGAAAAAUCUCCCCCUGAACGAGAACGAGUUUCACGACUUAUGUCAGAGUUGAUUAAAAAAAAUGCUAUGCCCUUACAACAUUUGAAAGCUGGAUUCAGCGAAGUUCUGGAAUUCGUUGAUGACUUAAUCAUCGACAUCCCUAAGAUUUGGACUUAUCUAGCAGAAGUAUUAACUCAUCCAAUAAAAGAAGAAAUUAUGCCAUUGUCUGAAAUGGGAAGUAUAUUUAAAAGCUUAAAAAGUCAAGGUUGUGGAGGAAAACUUCUUGGAGAGUUAUUAGCUAAAUUAUCCCAAGAAAAAGGAUCCAAAUGGGUUGCAGAUAAAUGGGACCAAAGCAGACUUUCAUUAAAUGAUAUUAUCGAUUCUGAAAGAGAAAGCAUUGAUAAAAUCGCUAAGGAAUAUCACCUAGAAUUCCUGAUUGGAGAUUAUAAUAGUGCCAAAAGCUCUAACAAUGACGAGCUUAGUUUACAACAGAUUCACGAACAUCUAAGAAAGUUAAUGAAGGAAAAGUCUUUCGAUCAAAUAAGUAAUUGGAUAACAGAAUUUGUGAAUAAUAGGGUUAAGGAUCCAAAGUUCAUAAGAAUAUUGAUGACUGCCAUCUUAGAAACAUCAAUAGAACCGCUUAAUGAGAAUAUUUGGAAAUUAAAUGAAAACACAUUCAGUAAUUUAGAAUUAUUGAUUCAUCGGUACGUCGAUACCGACGAAGUACUAGAAUUACAAUGCUUGUAUGCUAUUCAAGCUUACAUGACAAAAAUCGAGUUCCCCUUAGGCAUUCUACGAAGCGUUAUUAACAAAUUAUCAGGGGACAAUAUUAUAUCCUCCGAUGCAUUUUUGGCUUGGCAAAAGGGUGAAGACCCAGCAGAACACGAAGGGCAUAGUGUAGCAAUUAUGACACUUACGGCAUUCUUCACAUCCUUACAAGAAGCUGAAGACAGUUCUAGUGUUGAGGACGGACCGAGCAACGUAAAUUCCGAUCACUUUUGACGGUGCAUCGUAUUAGAAGGAAUAAAAACAGGACAUUUUUUUCUCGAGUAAAAAAAAGAAAAGAAAAAGAUAAAAAAAAAAUGAAAAUGAAAAUGAAUAAACAAUUCUUUACAGAUAAUACAAAUUCUUUCAAAUAACUGUCAAUUUUUUAAAUAGUUAUUUGAAACGCGACGGUCUUAUCUAAAACUAUAAUACACACUAAUUUUCAGAAAAGGAAAACAA